GUAUCGCCGUGACCCACAAUUCAAACCUAAUAUAUAUAUAUAUAUAUAUAUAUACACAGGGGUUUUCAAUUGAAUCGGAGCUCCUCAUUCUUCCUUUUUAUAAAAUUUCUUCAUUAUAUUUUCCAUACAUUUAUAGCAUACUAGAUAUCAUAUUCAUAUCGAUCAAUCCAUGGUUCCAGCUAAAAUUGAGAUUGCUCGAAAUGUGGCUGGUGUUGUUGGAAAUAUUGCUUCACUCUCCCUCUACUUGUCACCAGCGCAAAUUUUUAUUCGAAUUUGCAAGAAAAGGGCAGUGGAACACUUCUCGCCAACCCCAUACUUGGUGAUGCUAAUGAACCAGAUGGUCUGGACACUGUUCGCGAUGCCCUGGGUGCACCCAAACAGCACCCUCGUCUUAACCAUCAGCGCCACCGGCGUCAUCAUUGCACUCUUCUUCGUUAUCCUCUUUCUCAUCUACUCCGACAGGAAGAAGAGGUUGAAGGUGGGGCUGGUGGUGCUCCUCGAGCUCAUCUUGGUCGCCGUCCUCACCCUUGUUGUCCUCACUCUUUUACACUCCGCGCGGCGCCGUUCUCUGGCUGUUGGAAUAAUCGGCAAUGUCUCAAGCAUCAUGAUGUAUGCCUCGCCCUUUUCAGUCAUGAAACGGGUGAUAAGCACAAAAAGUGUGGAAUACAUGCCCUUUUCCCUAUCUUUGGCUUCCUUUGCCUGUGGUUUUGUCUGGACUUGUUAUGGUUUACUCCCUUUUGACCCUUUUAUCUGUGUAAGUAAUUAAAAAUAUAAAUAUA